UUCAGGUGUUUCCGGGCUCUCUCCAGGCCUCGCCAUGGCCUCGCUGCCCCCCCCCAUGGUGGUGGCGUCGCUGCUGCUGCUGCUGAGCUCCACCUCCUCCUCUGCCCCUCCCCCCACCCGUCCCCCCCCCUCCCCCCUCCUGCCCCUCCCCCACUUCCGCGAGUACUUGGGCUCCGUGACCGGGAACCUCCUGGAGCACCUGGACCUGCCCCGGACCCACAGCAAGAUCCGCGCUGUCUACGAGCAGGGCACGGCGGCCAUGCUGACCUACACCGGGAUCCUCACGGACCAGCUCUACCAUUGGUGGCAGGGGGAGGAGUGACCUCCGCGCCGCCAGGGGGCGCUGUGGGGCAGCCACAACCCCCCCA